ACAUGAUAAUCUACCAUCGAUUAAAAGCUAACAGUGCGGAGGGGACAAAACACCAGCCGAAAUAAAGUUUGGACGGGACAGGGCUGUUUUAAACCAAGCGAAGUGUUUCGACAGAAACGAACAGACGCUUGUCGGGCUCUUUGCCCCACUUUUGGAUUACGAUAUGGACGCUUUGAAAUCCGCUGGAAGGGCAAUUAUACGGAGCCCCAGUAUCGCCAAACAGUCGUGGGGUUCGGGCAGACAUAAAAAGCUUCCAGAGAACUGGACGGACACGAGGGAGACCCUUCUGGAGGGCAUGGUGUUCCAGCUCAAGUACCUGGGGGUCACAAUGGUUGAGCAGCCCAAAGGAGAGGAGCUGUCUGCGGCUGCUGUCAAGAGGAUAGUGGCCACGGCCAAAGCCAGUGGGAAAAAGCUCCAGAAAGUCACAUUAAAGGUCUCCCCACGGGGAAUCAUCCUUUUUGACAGUGCCUCCAACCAGCUGAUAGAAAACAUCUCCAUAUACAGAAUAUCCUAUUGCACGGCGGACAAGAUGCAUGACAAAGUGUUUGCCUACAUCGUCCAGAGCCAACAAAAUGAAGUCCUGGAGUGUCAUGCCUUCCUCUGCCCCAAGAGAAAAAUGGCCCAGGCGGUAACCCUAACAGUGGCUCAGGCUUUCAGAGUGGCGUUUGAAUUCUGGCAGGCUGCCAAGGAAGAGAAAGAGAAGCGAGUGAAGUCAGGUUCAGACGGAGAAGGAGCCAGCAACUCCCAGUCGGACAGCUCGGCCAGCCUGGGCAGCCUGAAGGGAGGAGAGGUAGCCACAGGAAAACUUCUGGAUUUGGCAGAGGGAGCCAACGCAGCGCUGGUCCACUCAGGAACAAAGCAGACUGAAUCGGAUCCCUUUAUGGUGCAUAAUCACGCAACAGAGAACAACAAUACUGUAUGGGAGUUGGAGGAUGGUCUGGAUGAGGCUUUCUCAAGCCGCAGUCUGGAUAGCUUUGAAUCCUACUCAGACUCGCUGAGUCUCGCACUAACCCCCAGGUCCUGGACAUUGGGGUAAACCCUCAGGACUUCAACACUGAAGAGUGCCUGUCCCCAGGCAAAUGGGACCAAGAGGACACAGACUUCACUGCACAAAAAGACACUUUUGGGUUCUAAAGUGAAGCCUCUGCCAAGAAGGGAAAGACAGAGAAAGAUGUGGAGAAAUGGUGGUAAAACAAGGUUGAAGAGUGGAGAAGUGGCAAAAAAAGACAUUUGUGAUGUCAGUAAGGUUUCCCACCUUCUCCCUGCUGCCACGUCCUCUCAGUGGUGCCGUCUAGUGGCUCUCUGAUGCUUCUGCAUCUACACGACCAGAGAAGGACAACGUGAGCAGGCUGCUCACAGAACAGCCAAAGCAAUACAAACCAAUUUAUCCCUUUUCAAAAACAUGCAGUCAUUUAAUGUUUGUUACAGUCAGUGUAUUACUUCCUUUUUUUUUGUGUCUGUUUACCCAUUCACUCUUCGUAAUGUGUUCGUGGUAUGUGCUUGUGUACAUUGCAUUUAAAUAAAGUGUGUGUGUGUGUGUGUGUGUGAGAAUAAAUGUACAGUGAGAUAUAAGAACUAUGAUGUGAUUUGAGUUUGGAACAGUUCAAGUGUCAUUAAGGUAAAGGUCAUUAAGGGUGCUGUUAACGUACUUGAUUUACUUAGAGAUGGAGAAAUGUAACUGGAUAAGAGGGAAAAGUCACCAGUUCCAGUAAUGGGCAAAACAAUAAAGUUACUACCUAUGUACUUCAAGGAUUCAGCCUUUCGUUGGGCAACAAAAGCUUUAAAAAAAAAGUGUGUAUGUGUUGGUCAAGUUAUGUUUGUGUGAAAAAUGGAUGAAAACAAAUUGACAAUCUUAUUUUUUUUUUUCUAAUGCAAAAUCUAUUUUUGCACUCAGCAUUCAUCCAUUUUUAAAAGCACACAUUUCAUGUAAGGGAAUUUAAUGUCAAUAAGCAUCAAACUCAUUAUCCAUGCUUAUAUAUACAGUGCCUCUAUUCGCGCUUCCUCUUGGACUUUUUAAAAUUGUUUUACAACUUUGAAUCCCAGUGGAUUCAUGAUGCUUUUUUUUUCCCCACUGUGAUGUGGACGACAGUCUUGCGUCUCACAAGAUUUUCCGACAUUGUAGAGAACUGCGAAACUGCAAACAGCAACACGUUUCAAAGUAAGCCAGUCAUGAAUCCCCCUCUGGCUCAUGGACGAGACUGGAAAGGGGAGGGACGUCUAGAGUUGUUUAGUCUUCACUUUAACAUUACAGUCUUUUCUUUGACCAUGUCAGCAAGUCGCAGUAAUCAACUGUGAUUCAUAGUUGAAAAAAACAAAACAAGAAGUCCAAGGGGGAAACUGUUUUAUGGCACUCUACCACUGUAUAUUAAAUUACAGAUGGGGGGCAAAUUAAAGGAAAAACCUGAGUUAAAGAGUGGAGAAAUAUAUCAAAUGCAGAUACUUCCGUGCACCACGGCUCACUGAACGAUUUGAUGAGAAUGAAAAUGAUGAAAUGGUGAAUAAAAUGCUACGGCCUUUGCAGUCACUCAACCUGGUUUCACACUUAUGGAAGAUUUUGGACCAAUCUGUAAGACCGUGCUCUCCACCACCAUCUCCAUAACACCAAAUGAUAUAAAGUUUCAUCCUCAGAUUUAUUUAGUAAUGUCUGUGGCUGUCUCUGAUGCUAUAUGUCCGCUUGUUAUGUCUGGCUGUACUCAGGUGUCUCUUGAAAAAGAGAUCUUGAGCUCCAUGAUAUUACCUGGUUAAAUCAAGGUUGUAUAUCUAAAUGAGGGAACAUCUCGUGGAGGAGGUGUUCAUCCCUCCAACAGAGUUCCACAGACUUGGCAAGGAGCACUGAAGCUGUUCUGGAGGCUCAGACACAUCAUGUUGGCUUUUCCUUUAAUAUGUCAUCCAUCUGUAUGUUGUUGCAUUGACUUUGCUAGUUUACUAUUUUUUUUCCGGGAAUGGUUCCCAGUGUUAUUUUUGGCAUUUGUUUAUGUAUACAUUUUAUUUAAUUCAUUAAUUUACAUACAUUUCAAUAAAAGUAAAAUUGUG